AUGGCGUUAGUCACAGGAUCAUUUCACACUGCGACAAGAGGAUCUGGCCUUUACGACAGGGGCCUACACAUGGGAAGGAGAGAAGAUGCAACUCAUUUCUCUACUAUGAUGGAACCAGAAUGUCCUCUUGAAUAUUACUGCCUCUACAUCAUAGGGCAGGGCAAUAAUCUGAUGGCUUUGCCAGAAGCAACAAUUGCUCUUGCAGAAAUGUUAGAAUUGAAAGCAGAUCCCAAUGGUCCAGUGGAAGGAACAGUAAUGGAGUCUUUCACAGACAAAGGAAAAGGAACGCGUUUUUCCCCUAUAAAGCCAAGGGCACGUGAAGUUGUUGACUGGAGGAAGUAUGAACAAGAACAGGAGAAAGGUAAAGAGGAUCUGAAAAUAAUAGAAGAAAAGCGAAAGGAACACCAGGAAGCAUAUCAGAAAGCCCGUGAGAAGUAUAGCAAUGUGCAGUGGAAGAAGAGGUCAUAUCUACAGUAUUUAGAAAGAAAAGAACAAACAUCCUUAAAACCAAAAGAGAAAAUGGAAAGAGAUUCAAAUGUACUUCCUGUGAUUAUUAAAGGUGAUGUUGAUGGUUCUGUUGAGGCCAUUUUGAACAUUAUAGAUACCUACGAUGCUUCACACGAGUGUGAACUAGAAUUAGUACAUUCUGGAGUGGGUGAUAUAAGUGCAAAUGAUGUUAACCUUGCUGAAACAUUUAAUGGUGUUAUAUAUGGGUUUAAUGUGAAUGUAGGCAAAGUUAUCCAACAGUCAGCUGCAAAAAAAGGUGUAAAAAUUAAACUUCACAAAAUAAUUUACCGUCUUGUUGAAGAUUUGCAAGAGGAACUGAGCAGCAGAUUACCCUGUGCUGUGGAAGAGCACCCAGUAGGUGAGGCAUCUAUACUAGCUACCUUCUCUAUAACAGAAGGGAAGAAAAAAGUUCCUGUGGCUGGCUGCAGAGUCCAAAAGGGACAGUUAGAAAAACAAAAAAAGUGCCUCUUUCAGUAA